AUGGCCGCAGAAAUAAUGUCUGCUCCGAAGAAAGACUAUAAAGGAGGCUACAAACAAAUCAACAAGGCUCUCAACAUCUGCGCGUUUGAAGAUUAUCUCGAGGCGCAGACAUCAAACUUACCUGAGAUCGCCGAUGUGGAGCAAAUAAGUCCCCGGGUGCUAAGAGUACUCGGCCAAAAUGCUGGAAAAGGAAUUCCGGAGUGGGCCAGCCUGAUAUCCUCCACACUGGUCGACUCCAAUACAGGUCUCUCCCACGUCCUGCUCACACAUUGGCACGGCGACCACACAGGAGGGGUACCAGAUCUUCUACGCCUCUAUCCUGACCUGGAUAAGUCAAUCUAUAAAAAUACCCCCAGCUCGACGCAGCAGCCCAUCGAGGAUGGUCAGGUGUUCGAAGUAGAGGGUGCGACUGUGCGUGCCGUCCAUGCGCCAGGUCAUUCGCUUGACCACAUGUGUUUCAUCCUGGAGGAGGAAAAUGCCAUGUUCACGGGUGACAACGUGCUAGGUCACGGCACCGCAGCCGUAGAGCAGCUAAGCACAUGGAUGGACUCGCUGCGUAUCAUGCAGUCCCAUAGGUGCCAGGUUGGUUAUCCAGCGCACGGCCUGCCCAUUCGCGACUUGCCGCGGAAGAUCGACCUUGAGCUGGCAUCCAAAACGCGCCGAGAAACAAAAGUGCUAGCUGCGCUCAGCAAGAUUCGGAAACCGGGCGCCCGGCGAACCGACUACAGUGUCACCGUCAAGCAGCUAGUCACGGUGAUGCAUGGGGACAAGUUGGACCCGGUGGUCCGCGAGCUGGCGGUGGAGCCGUUGAUGGAGGAGGUGCUGAGAAAGCUGGCCGAAGAUGGUAAGGUAGCAUUUGAGCUUAGGCGCGGGGAGAGAAAGUGGUACGGAAUUUCAUAG